ACAGUCAUAGCCAUCACAUGCACUCCCAUUCCCACGACUUUAGUCACGUGCAGAGCGCCGGUACCACAAGUAUAUCGUUCUUCAUAUUAAUGUUCGCCACGAGUGUCCACUCGGUCUUUGAAGGUCUGGCACUGGGCCUCCAGAAGGACACCACGAAAGCGAUGCACCUCUUCGUAGGCAUUAUUCUUCACGAAUGUCUCGUCGCCUUCGCGUUGGGCCUAAACUCAGCCCGUAUCGACUCCGCCGUCAAAACAAACGUCAAGUUUUCGGUGCUUUUCUCGUUGACAAUACCCGUCGGCAUUGUGUUGGGUGUAGUGCUCGGUGUGACCCCUGGCCUCCUCGGCCGCUCCAUAUCGGCUGUGUUCCAGGGAUUAGCCGCCGGGACCUUCAUUCACGUGACUUUCCACGAGCUCAUCCCGGCUGAGUUUAUGGGUGAUCACGAUGUGGACGACUCCCUUUCCACUGGGGGUACGGGCGGUGAUGGCGAGCACCAGAAGUAUAGGCAAAAGUUGUUUAAGAUUUUCUUACUAUUCAUCGGAUUCUGUGUUAUGGCUGUUAUGACACUCUUUACGAUUGCCCUGAGCCUACUCAACCGCUCUAUAUCGGCUAUGUUUCAGGGAUUAGCAGCCGAGACGUUCAUUCACGUGACUUUCCACGAGCUGAGUUUAUGGCCGAUCACGACGUGGACGACU